AUGAGCUCGUCCGCGACAGCUGUGCUGACGAACAUCGCCAGGCUCGCCAUCACGCUCGGCGUGGGCGGCAGCUUGCUUAACGCGUCACUCUAUACGGUCGACGGCGGGCAUCGCGCGGUGUUGUUCGAUCGGUUCCGCGGAGUUCUGGAGGAGACGCAGGGCGAGGGGACGCACUUUCUGAUCCCGUGGCUGCAGAAGCCCUACAUCUUCGACGUUCGUACUCGCCCGCGUUCCAUCACCUCCGUUACAGGAACAAAAGAUCUGCAGAUGGUGAAUCUGACACUGCGAGUGCUCUCCAAGCCGGAAAACACCCACCUGCCGACCAUUUUCAAGACCCUCGGCACGGAUUACGAUGAGAGGGUGCUGCCUUCUAUCGGCAACGAAGUGCUUAAAGCCGUCGUGGCUCAAUUCAAUGCGGAUCAGCUACUCACAGAGCGUCCAUAUGUGUCGAAGCUUGUGCGGGAGGCGCUGACGCAGCGAGCCAAGGACUUCAACAUCGUGCUGGAUGACGUGGCACUGACCCAUCUUUCGUAUGGCGCAGAGUUCUCCAAGGCUGUUGAGCAGAAGCAAGUUGCGGUGAUGAAGGCGGAACACGAGAGGCUGUUCCCAUGCGAUAUAUUGUUUCUCUCCUUGUCUUCUCUCCUUGUCCCUUGUAUCCUCCCCACAGCCCAGCAGGAGGCUGAGAGGUCCAAGUUUGUGGUGAUGAAGGCGGAGCAGGAGAGGCUGGCAGCGAUCACACGGGCAGAGGGCGAGUCUGAGGCUGCCAAGCUGGUGGGUGAUGGUUUGUGGUCUAGGGUUUAA